CGCGCCCAUUGUAGAGCGCAACUGCUCACCGGCGGCUCGUAUUUCGUCCUUCAACUUGUCAAGUCAUGAUUUCGAGCGACUCUGUUGGAUUCGCGCCAACAGGUUGUUGCAGCAUUCCAGUCUCGGUUUUGGAUGGCGCGGUUUGUACACAAAGGGCUCGAGCACCAAUCUCGCGGACAUUUGCGAGGUCAAAUCUGAUGGCAAUACCGAGUAUACUGCAUCCUGACCCGUUUCCCCCAGUGUCCAGAUGGUCUAGUGGAAAUCUCCCCUGCUCUGAAGAAAAUCCCGAAGGACUACUACGAUUAUUGCUUACUUUCUAGACAAGGCGGCAAUGGCUGCUCUUGCGACUCCUCGUGGAGUGAAGUGCAGCAGAGUGCAGGCUAUAUGGAGUUUCUGUACAAUACUUCGCUUCUUCCUCUCCUGCGAAGUAUGUGCAAGUUGCUUCUGCCUACAGUGAUUCUUGUGAGUCUCAUGCCAUAGAAUGGUGGACCAUGAGCAGGCAGUCUCGCGUCAACCGUGCGAAGCAGUAACAACAGCAGCCACUUCACCUACAUUUUGUUUUGACACCGCGUAUAUUCACAGAGCCGCCUCAAACGACACGUCUGCUUUCUUAUUCCCUGCUUCUGACAACAUUUCUAUGGCUAGACCUGGAGCUUUGCUUUCCGUUGUUUUCCUCAUGCCAUCUUCAACACAGCAAACUCGGCAAUACUGGCUGCGCUCCGUUCGUACACUACGAACAUACCACUACCAUUCUCGCAAGUUCAUAUCACGCUUGGGUCACAGAUUCGAAGCGGAAGCAAAUCUCCAUUCCGAAGACUUAGCCGAGACGGCCUGCCUUGGAUCUCCCACAUCGGCAUUGAGACACAAAAGUCCCAUGAUCUGCAAUGGUCCAAUUUCCCUAUCUUUGUGGACCUUCCUCAUUCCAGGCGCGGUCUGAGGACUCAAGUGGUCACAUACAUACCCGGACUCAAUGUGUAUCAGAACCACGGCAAUGCUUUCAGGGCUUCACAAAUCGACGACGCCCAUUUCCCACCCAGUCAGACCAUUUCUCGGACCAAGCAACAUCUUGGGCCAGCUAUCGUCCUCACGAGCCAUUUAUAUCUCUGCAAGACGGCUACCUAGCCCAUCAAUCUCCAUCUGCAUACCAAGUACACUAUCCACAGCGGCCGCUGCCGUCUGGAACCCGGCAGCACACACUGAAUCCUCUUGCUCCAGAUUUCAUUCCCAGCCAGCGCGAACAAUUCUCAACAACAAGUGCUCUCAACUCUAGCAGCGCUGUCCGACGGUGGUUACCAGAGCAGGCCGAUCGUAUGCAUGCACAACCCUUCAGCAAUUUUGCCUCUUUCGCCACCCUAACCGCUCAUGUGCCUGUGGCUCACGAAAUUGGCUCGGACAAACCUAUGCCCGGACGAGGACGUCCUUGGCCCUUCAUAUUUACGGCACAAGAAGACUUCGAUGCUGAAGCACACUACUAUGCUGUGAACCGCUCAAAUUUCCAGCUGGUCUCGGAAGUUGUGUUUCGAUGGCCACGAGAUAGCGAUCAAGGUGCAUCUCAACCUGAAUAUCCAGUUGCUCCUGUCCCAGCACCAAUAAAAGUCUCAGAGGCUUUUGGGCUGGCAGACUCACAUUCGGUCCGACAUCCACCGCAAGCACCCGAGGCUGAUGCAGCAACACGCUCACCCGAAAACAUAUCAUCAGUGGACGUACAAACGCUGCCUAGUUGCGAGACUGUCCAAGGUCUUCGGAUAGUCCAGGUUCCAUCGGUGAGGUCUCUUGUAUUUACUGUACAAGAUGAAUCUUACGCCGAGAUCCAAUUCAAUGCAGCUGCCACUAUGGCAGCAAUGGACCUCCGAGGAACUGAUGGAUUUGCUGAGCGGCCAGCGAUAGAUUCAGCUCGCUUGGCCUGGCUAUCUAUUGCUGGUACCGGAUACCUGGAGGCCAAUGACAUUAACCGGCGUCUACCUCUUUCAUUUCCACCUUUGAGAGACAGGACCUCGUCCUCAACGGACUCAAGUACGAGCACCUCUGCCACGGUAAAUAGCUAUUCAACAGCGGCGACCUCCAUCUAUAACUUGGAGGGUCCUAAUGAAGAGUCUGGUCAGCACGAGGAUGCAGCACUGGAUACCGACUGUCCACCUUGUUCGGACGCUGCAGAGCAAGCUGAAGAUCAUGUACCAUCGUCGCCAUCAGAGGGUUCAAGGAGCGAAGAUUCACAUGCCAUUACUCAUGAAGCUCUGGAGCAACGUCUAGAUAACCUUCAUAUCCUAGGCUUGCCUUCGGCAAAUAUUACUUUACGCCCUCCACGCACAAGAGACAGACAGCUAUCUCCAACGUCUGAACAACGCAUGCGGCAUGAAAUCCAACAAGCACGUCUAAGACUCGAUGCCUUUGAAGCAGGUGCUGAGGCUGCCUCUUCAUUGACUGCCGACACGCGAGGCCUGGAAGCCAUUCGAGAGGAAGACGAGCUCGCAGGAUCGGAGGGUGUACGAGGCCCAGCCGAAGUAUUAGACACCGAGAACAAUGCAAAGGCUGGACCAGUUGUGAUUGGUGGACUUGAAAGAAUAGAAGAAGAAACAGUAUACCAAGCGACAGAGAACGCCCAAGCCCUUGCGCUGGAGGAGCUUGAUGAAUUCCAGGAUGCCGCUGGCGCCGAUGAAGCCGAACCUCUUGAAGAACAUCCUCCUGUCACAGAAGUUACGGAAAUCACGGAACAUCCGAUUUCUCAACGUGAUGCUGAAGGGUACGACUCAGGGAUUGAGAUUGAACUCGGGACUGCAUCAGGGGAACCUGGAGUAGCCGAAGCCAUCGAGCCACAGCUUGCUCUUCCUUCACCGGCCCCUACAAAUCUGUCAAUAGCAACUACCAUGCUUCCACCGCCCUCACCGGCAACACUGGUUGAUGAACCUCUUCGACAUGUGCACGAUCGACAAGCACGUCCUUCGGAACAAGCUAUGCCUAUCAUACCACCUCGAGUGAGUUCCGUGCUUCGACCGACGUCACAGAUACCACCUCGAGUACAUCCACUGGAUCUAGAGGGCCUGCAAACACCGCGAGAUUCGCGACGCAGCGCAAAUCCACAGGAGCGGCCGCUAAUUUGGGCUCCGAGACCAUCAGGGCCAUUUCCGUUUCCACUCCUCAACCUCGCUCCACUCCCUCCGCACCUGACGGCAGCUUCCCCCGUUGGAGGUAUUGCAGAGCUUCCACCACGUGCACCAGGGCAUACCGAGACUCGGACAGUCCCAAUUCCGAGACUGACGCUGUGCGAGGAUGAAUCAGGCUACCCCAUUCACCCUAGAGGACUUGUGCGAAGCCCUGAUAUAUUGGCGCAGAAUGGACAGACUUUCGAAGAGGCUGCGGAAGAAUACAUGACCUCUCAAAAUCCUCCGCCCCAACAACACUGUCAGACACGUCUUGCACAGGGCGUCCGCUUCGCUCAGCAGGCUCGAAGAGUCCCCAGUAAUGGUGAUAUUUCAAAUGUUGCUAUUGUUGGAUCCCAUGUCAAUCGUCAACAUUCAGCCCCAACGGAACAUAGCAUCACCGACCGCCUCCCAACUGCACAUGCACCUGGACCCCGAUCUUGUCUGCGGAGCAAUCGUCGCGUGUUUGCUGGGGCUCACAUUAAUGGACAUCCUCCGGUCGACAUCGCUAGUGCCCUGGCUGCGGCCACGUCCAUACAGAAUCCGAAAGACCCCCAUAUUGAACGACCUAUCUCCCGCCGCGUGCGUUUCACAAUACCGUCCAGUCCCACGGUGGCGGCGAUGACGGCGUCGACGGUGUCUCCAAGCUCUUCGAUGGAGACUCUGCGCCGCUGUCUCGCCGAGCGCGAUGUCCUAGCACGCGGAGACCCACAGUCACAGCGUCAGGAAUCUCUGGUCGCACGUCUAGACUGUACUACUCACGAUGACGAGACUAUCCAGCCUGUCCCUGAACUGCCGACGUUCACCAGCCUCCGACCGCGGCACGAUCUGGGGCUAUCAGGUUUGUCAGGUCUGCAGAAGAAGACGAAGAAGAAGAAGAAACUCCUGACAAAAGGACGUGCGACAAAGGAUGAAAGUCGAAAUGGAGAUAGAGAUGGAGAUCGGAAUGAAUAUGAACAUUCAAUGCAGCCGCUCCUUCCGACUGGGACUGCCGCCUUGCAGAGUGUCAGCGUCAUUAGCACGGCCGGCCUUGACUCAUUGAUGGAGAAGGCUAAAGGACUAUUGAAGAAAAGUGCUGACAAAGUAAGAGGGCUGUUCGGUAGGAGGAACGAACUCAAGGGCCCGGACUUGCUUGACGGACUAGCAUUCGGUACCUGACGACUCGCUGGAUGCGACGUGCUUUCAGCGGACAUUGUUUUGAGAUAGGCGUCGAGAUGGGCGUCGAGAUGGGCGUCGAGAUG